AUGGCCAAAGGGAGACGCUUCAACCCGCCCUUGGACAAGGACGGACGAUGGUUUCUGCACAUCGGAGUGACGCAGAAGACCCCGGAAUCCAUCACCAGUGAGACGCUCAAGGAGCCCCAGAACCCGCGCUUCACCCGGCAGAUCGAAGACAGGCUGCCGCCCAUCUACCGGGCCCGGGAGAAGCAAGCGGCCCACAACAACUUCCCCUUCUCCAUGCACGACAACCGGCACAGCCUGCGGAGUUCCGGCCUCUACGCUGACUCCGCCCUGGGACGGAGGAAGGUCGCCCCGGAGAAAAGGCAACACGUCUCGAGGAAUUUCAACCUCUGGGCCUGCGACUACGUGCCGUCGUACUUCGACGGCUUCUCCAACAACCAGAUCUCGUACGUGUGCCCGGAGGCGGUGGUGGUGCCGCCGUUCCGGCGCUUCCCGCGGCAGUACGACGAGGUGUGGGCCACCUGGCGGUUCCUCCCCGAGGGGAGCUACGCCGAGCUCCUGAAGAAGAAGCCGAAAGUCCGCUUCGCUACCGACAAAAAGGCCACCUCGCCCCUGGAGCUCUUGUGCCCGCCGGGGAGCCUGGAUGAGUUCCGGGAGGCGGGCAUGGCCGUGGGCAUCCCGUCCGGCACGGCCGGUGAGCGUAAGGCUUGCCAGGGCUAG